AUGGCAUUGGAGCCAUGGGAAACUCUUGACAUCGACGAUUCCGAUCUCUCCAACUUCCUCCGCCCUUGCAACAACCGCACUUCCCAAACCCUAACCACCGAUCCUCCUCUCAUUCCUGGCCCUGCCGGUGCAAUUCAAGCCGCCAUGAUUCAACGCAGAACCCUAGGAGCAUCUAACCCCCUUCCCACUCAAGAAUUCGUAAGGCGAGUCGUUCAAAACGGCCACGACAUCGAUCGCGAUUUCACCUCCAAUCCAUGGCUUUUUGCAUUUCAAUUUCUUCAAUCUUCGCAAGUGGAUGUAGCAUCUUUUCCGAAAUUGAGUUCGAUCAAGAAGCAUCUCAACGCUGAUGGAAGAGUUCCUUCGGUAGUUGCUGUUAUCAAAUCAUGCAAUCCUAAUGGUUUUGGAGACAUGACGGUUACUCUAAAGGAUCCUACUGGCACUAUUGGUGCUAGUAUCCAUCGUAAAGUCUUCACCGAAGGUGAAUUUAGAAAGGAUAUAACUGUUGGUUCCGUUUUACUUCUCCAAAAGGUAGCUGUGUUUUCUCCUAAUGGUUUUACUUGCUAUCUGAAUAUUACGUUGGGCAAUAUAGUCAAGGUCUUUUCCAAGGACAGUGGAUCUCCAUCAGAGCAAAUCUCUACGAAACAAACUACACCUACUUGCCCUGCAGACGCACGUGAAAAAUCGUGGAUGCCAUUGAGCAGUGCACUCCCUCUGUCACAAGAAAGAACUCAAGGAAUCCUGAAUAAUAUCAGAUUAGAUUCAUGGUUUAAAGAAGUAGCAAAUAAUGGUAGCCAGAGGGAUGAAAUUUUGGUUUUAAGUAGUUGUCAAUUUGAUAAUGAAGAUGAUGAAAUCCAAAGAACUGUUUCGAAUAGAGAAAACUUAUCUUUGAGACAGCAUGAUACUGGACCUGUUGAAGCAGCUUGUGGCGGGCAGCUUGAAAGUGAGAUGGAAGAUCAAGAAAACCAUCCUACAUUAGGCAAAGGAGACAAUCUGGUAGGGACUACUCAAGCCAAUAGUUCUUCAUCGAACCCGGCACAUAUAUUUGUUGGUCAAGAAACUGGUAUGGAAAAUCACUUGGAAAGACAGAAGAUUAUGAAUCCAAAAAGCUCAAUUCCACAAUGGACAGAUGAACAGCUGGAUGAGUUGUUGGCAUUUGACUGA